AUGAAUAAUGUUCCAAUGUCUUACAAAAUGACGCCUCUUCGAGACGUCUACUACGAAGACGAAAAACGCACGUGUUUCGGUAAAUUGAGUCCAAAAGUACGGUAGCUCCUCUUACAGUACGCCUUAGAAAAAUUAUUGAUUUCUUGCAGUCCGCUUGUCUUUUGGUGGCACUUUUCGAAAUUGUUUAUUGGAUGUAUUAUGGUGUGAUUCUGCUCUUCACAAUUAUUCAUCAACAACCGGCUUGUAAGUUUUUUUUGGCCUGAAAAUCGUAAAAUCAUCAAAUUUUCCUAGGGACCAUCGUCUUCACCUCGGUGAAUUUGCUAAUGCUCACAGCUCAAGUCGCAUUCCUCUGGCUGGGCGCCAUCAACGAAAAUCCAAAAUUUUUGCAAACUCAUUUGAUUUUCUUGGUGAGUUCUCUGAAAAUCUCGAAAAUUCGUUGAAAACCAGGAAAAACAAAAAAAAGAGCACGUAUUUUCAAGCGAGGAAAUUGCUGAAAAAACUACGGUUCGAACCCCUACGUGUGUGGUGCAUUUGUGCGUCAGCGUGUUUGCACACAAAAUGUCUCUGCGCAAUAGCGUCUCUCUUUUUCGCACGCUCUCUCUUAAAGGAAAUUUUUUCGAAAAAGAAAUAGGGUCCCGUCACGAAUACCGCGAGAAAAAAGUUACACUAAAUCCACCACUCGAACCUUAUUUCGAUGCAGUUUUUCACGUAGAUUCUAAUGGUGUAUAUAACUUUUCAUACGGUUCAGCCAAUCUGAGUUUUUCCAUUACAAACGAUUCAUGUCCCUUUAAACUGCCGUUGCCGUUUUUUCUUCAGAAAAAAAAUGCGUGAGAGAGAAUAAAAAUACGUGCGCGUCAAAUAAAAUGCAGGUGUCUGCAUUUGUGUUUGCACACAAACGCCGAAUACAGUACUCUCAUUCAUUUUUUUUUUUGUCAUUUUCCGCCCGAGUUUCAGGGUUUUUUGCUGAAAAUACGUGGUUUUUAGCAGGAUUUUUGCAAUUUUAAGGUAAAAUAUCAUUUGUUCUACUCAUUUUCAUAUAGAAAUUGGGGGUUUUCAUUAAUUUUUCCUCAAAAAUGUCAAAUUUUAAUUCCAGGCUCUCACAUUCCUCUGGGAUAUCGUUGUGGCCGCCGCAUUCUUCUGUAUUUCGGUCCUCCCAAUUGCCUAUACAAAUGAGGUUUUGAACUACAAAGGAAAUGAAUAUAAUGCACGAGUUUUUGGUAUUGUUAUGGGUUCGAUCAUGAUUUUCUGGUUUGUCGCCCGAUUUUUUGCCACAGUUGUUGUUUAUCGAUAUUGGAAGUUGUUGAGAGCAUUGCAUGGAUAUGGAAGAAAAGAUUCGAUGUGAGAAAAUUCAGAAAAUUGAGCAAGAUGAUUUUGUAUUGAAUAUUGCACGGGUUUUGAGUUUUUUUGAAAAUAAAUUCGAUUUUUAGACUAAAAAAUGCCGCAAAAAUUCCUAUACGAACCCUCGAAAAUAAACAGAUUAAUCAAAUCUUCUUCGUUCGUUCCUAAAAAAAUAAAUAAUUAUUUUUCCCGCCUAUUUUUCUGCCUUUUUUCCAGCUUGUGUGAAAAAUGCCUUUUUCUGCUCAGAAAAAAAGCAAAAAAUAACCUGAUUUGUUGUAUCCCUUUUUUUUGAAAAAAAAUUUUUUGGAAAAAUCUUGCAGACAUAUUUUUCUUGGUCUAUAAAACACAUGUUUUAUAUUUUUGAAGAAAAAUUUUAGCACCUAAUGUAAGUCAAAAUUUGAAUUCAUCUCAAACUGCACUUCAAAAAAAUUUACAUAUGGAAAUUGGAGAGAGUAUACAAUUCGAAGAGACGCAGACAUGCGAGAGAGUGUGCGGGGUUAGAGAAGCAGAGAAAACGAGAGAAAAAGUUGCCAUCAAAAUGGGAUUAUCUCGUUUUAUCCGACCGAGAAAAAAGAAGGAAAAUUUUGAGUUGUACUCGACUUUUUUUACGACGCGUUUUAUUUUUUUUUUGAAUUUUUUCCUGGAUUUUUUGAAGUGAGAUUGAAAUUUUGGUGCAAAAUUUUAGCUAUUUGAAAAAAAAUUCAGAUUUUUGAGCUCAAAAUCUACGCCUCAAAAAAUCCUGAAGCAAAACAAAGAAAAAUAUCUGAUCUUCUCUUGAACAAUCUUCUUCUUCUCAAUAAAAAAACGCACUUGAAAAACAGAAUUUUUUCUAUUUUUAUUUUAUUUUUCCGAGCUGCUCCCCCAAUUUUUUCCAUUUUUUUCUGGUAAAAAACACAAGAAGAGCCGAAGAAAAAUGGGAAAAGUUAACCAAAUUAAAUUUUUUGCUGUUUUUUUGGCUGAAAAAAACUUGUUACUUAUUUUUUGCUCGUCUUGUUAGUUAGAAGCCUGAAAAAAUAGAAAAACAACUAAAAUUUUAGGUUUUUUGGAAGAAGAAAGGUAAUUUGAGAUUUUUGGGUUGCGUGGGAAAUUUUUGUUGAGCCAGAACUUUGUGACUACGAUUUUUAGUCUAAACCUGGUUUUUUGGGGCUUUUUCCACCAAAAUCUCGAAAUUUUAGUCAUUUUUCACCGAAAAAUCGUUUCUAAGGUGAAAAACCAGCCAAGAUUGACAAUUUCCUGGAGUUGUCGGAACUCUACGAUUUUUCCUACUUAUUAUAAAUAAUUUUUUUCUCAUUCUCGAAAAAAAACCAGUCAAAACCUUUUUGCGCCGCCUGAAAAUGACAUUUUUGCUUUCAAACAACAUUUUCUGGUGUUUCUGGCGCCAAACUACGGAAUUUUAAAUUUGGCUUCACUUAACCUAAGUGGCUUUGAAUAAUUCAUUCAAAAACAUUUUUCGGGCUCGAUUUAAAGCGAAAUUUGUGACCCGAAAAAUUUAUUCAUUUCACAUUUUUUGUAUCGCACGCGAAGAACAUACGUUUUUCGGCCUUUUGCCAAAAUUGAAUUGAGCCAGCCAAAAAACAGAGGAAAAAUUCGGAGCCACCACCAAUUUUUCACUACUCAUUUUAAUUCCGUGUGCACUUUUUUGCAUCUCAUCUCAUUUUUUAGCUUUCAUAUAUGAAAAAUUGACUGUUUUUUUGCUAAAUUUUCUCAAAAAUUCCAGAUUUCAGCUUAAAAUCUGGGUUUUUCUAAGAAAUUCGGGAUUUUCUGAAAUCUCACAAGCCUAGGAAAUUCAUAGUUUAUGGCUAUAGCUUAUGCGAUAUUUUUAGAAUCCGAAUCUUCAAGAAAAUCUUGAUUUUCCCCCCAUUUUCCCUCAUAUCUUCUUCCAAAAAUCUGGAAAUCUAAUUCCAAGAACAUCCACCCAAUCAAAACUCCCCCGAGAUUUCUUUUCCCCAAAAAUUUUCUGAAUCUCAAUUUUCAGAUGA